AUGAAAGUGUAUGUGAGAGGAAAAUGUGUUAUCUUCUCCUCAACUGUUAUCAACAAUUUUCUUGGAAGAUCUGAUGAAGCACAACCUGAGCUGGAAGUGUCUGACAACAAAAUAUGUGAGGUUAUCACUGCUAAGCAGGUGAAAGGUUGGACUUUAAAAGGAAAGUUGUCUGCUAGUAAGCUUAGCAUGAAGUAUGUCAUGUUGCAUAAGAUUGGUGCUGCAAAUUGGGUGCCUACCAAUCAUAAAUCUACCAUUGCUACUGUCCUAGGAAGAUUUAUCUAUGUCGUAGGUACAAAAGCCAAGUCUGAUUAUGGUACUUACAUAUUUGAGCAGACUAUGAAGCAUGCUGAAAGCUUCAGUAUAAAAGGUCUUAUAGCUUUUCCAUCCCUCAUAUGUGGCAUUAUCUUGAAUCAAUACCCAAGCAUUUUGGUUGAAACUGACUCUAUCUUCAAAAGGGAAAGUGCUCUUUCAUUUCAUUAUAAGUUGUUUCAAGGAACCCAUGCUCCUGACGUUGUCAUGACAUCGGCUGGGACAUCCAAAGGAAGCUCCACUAUAGGUAAAGCUGCUGUGAUAGCAAUGCUCGGGGAAACAUGUAAGGAGCUGGAGUCCAAAAAGCAGACUCUUGAAAAAUUGAUCAGCUCUCUUGAAAUGGAAGAAGGUGUUGAGUUUACUGAGAAUGAAGCAGGUUCUGAGGCAGAUGAGGAAGAAGAUGCCAGUCCAGGCGAUGACACAGGUGAAGAAGAUGAUGUUGGCUCCAGUAGCUCUGAGUCUGAUGACUAG